CUGCCCUUCUCUCCAUUCACCUCAUUCAUCACGUCUAUACUCAAAAGGUCACUCGCCGUCGACCGACUCAGCCAGAGGUCAGAGGCUUGGUGAGUCUGCCUGGAUCCUGGCAGAUAUCGUGGAUACAUCCUCGACCCUCCUCGUUACCGCCUCUUCCCCGCACAUCGUCACCUCUUCACAUCCGGCGAAUUUCCCUAUCACUAACCACCGACUGCGAACGAGUCAGACGAGUGGUCCUGUGCAUGACCAUUUCUAUCUCGCCUGUCAACACGAUGAGACUGAGGUGAAGGAUAUCCUACCGAUCCGAACAUCUCGCGCUCCCUGUGGCGAUUCGUCCUCCACUUUCAAUCACCCUCGGAUUCCCCGCGACUUGCCACGAUAAGCCAGAAUCAGACACUCCGGUCAUGUUGCCUCAGUAUCCACCUCAACCUUAUGGGAAUUCUCAAUCAUCCCGACCGACUCAUGGCAACGGCGUUCCGUCUUCCAUAAGCGAGCUCCGAGCCUCUCCUUCCUCAUCAUCCAUCGCCAAGAUCAAUAAUAACGACAAGGAUAUGCAACGACAAGAAUCGGGUCCUCCAUUCCAAUCGCCAUCUAUCGGCCCCGGUCAACUUCAACGACGAAACACGUUCAACGUGGCCAAUGGAACGGAUACUGGAUCCGACACGGAUGGUACUGCUACUUCUAGACCUAGAGCGGAUAGCGAGGCCAAGCCUGGUACCGGCCCAUCAGCCAAGAAACGGGCCCGUCGACCUUCCAACAUCAAUCUUGAUCGGCCAACCUCGCCGCCGAAUUCCAAGAAUGGGAGUACGAACGGAAAGAAACCUAAGGCUAGUGCUGCUGCUGUUACUUCUGCUGCUAGUGCUGCUCCCGAUUCUCCUCCAGCGGUGCUGGUCAGAGAAAAGAAACAAAAAGCCUGCUCGAACUGCCGACGUGCAAAAUUAAAAUGCAUCGUCGAAGAUGGGGAAGCUGAUUGCGUGCGGUGCAAGGCGAGGAAAGAGCGAUGUGUCUUCUAUCCUCGGACACACGACGAGGACUGGCAGCAGAUGCUCAGCUCUGACGUGUAUACCGCUUUAAAUCACUUAUCCACUCUGUCGUCCACUGUCCACCAUAUCUUGCACCAUCUGAGCGCCCAACGCAUCAUUCCUCCUCUUCCUACUACAGCCUUCGAAGUCUACGAGCCGCCCGAACGGGAUACUUCGAUCCUACAAGGUUGGACAGCGGAGCGGAAUCGUGAGCUGGGGUCAGAAGAAGGAAGGAAGAAACGCAAAAGUACAGGAGGACGAGAAGAGGAAGAAGACGAAGUGUCUCAUCCAACUCACUCUUCUGGAGGUUGGAACUUUAGUCAACCCACUGAAACACCCUUCUAUCUUCGUAUGCCAUCUGGAUCUGCCGAGAGAAACCAAUGGGCAAAUGGAAACGCUGGACCGCCACCACCGACCUUUGAGGGCGGUCCCAAUCUAUCAUCUCAUCAUGAUAUGCCACCGAAUCUUCCCUAUCCUCUUCCCUCGCCAAGCUUGACCCAUCGAUCAGGUCACGGUUCGGAACUAGCUCCUAUCCGACACCCUUCCGCACACUCCAUCCUCCUAUCUCCCACUGUGGAGACUGAUCAAUACCAAAAUCCCCCAUUCUUCAACGGACCACCCUAUCUCGGUCCACAUGAUCCUCGGAUGUUGCCUCCUCCACCUCCUGCUCCCCCUUCUCAGAUUCCGCCUGGCCCAGGUUCUGGCCCAGGAUCAGCGCCAAGAGACUUGUCGCCCCUUAAUCCUCAGAAUGCCACGCCAAGUAGUGUUGUUCACUCAUCGCCUUCAAACACUCACAUGUCUCAAAGCGAAACGUCGUGGCAAUUUGUCGGAUCUCAACAGGGAGACCAGAAUACCCUCUCUGGCUCGAAGCCGAUGCAUCUUUAUGAGAGCCGUGACGGAGUGGACUCGGCUCAGAAUCGCAGCUUUGAGGGUAUGCCUUCUGGACCUCCGCCAUCGGUUGGGCCAGACGAGGAAGUGUACGGAUCUGCGGAUGGAAGAGAGACAAUCAUUACCAAGAAUAUUAUUCCUCCCGCUUACGCGAGGACUUUGGUGGACUACUUUCAUUCCGCCAUGUCGCCGUUCCUCUUUGGAUAUCACUUACAGCUCAAAGCCUUCCCAUAUCUUCCCGAAGGACCUACGCACAUCACUCCCUUCAUCCUUGCAGUGGAGUGCCUCUUGGCUUCGGAACGUAUCCCUAAUCUCUACGUUUAUCAUGACCGACUCGCCGACGCUGUCCUCAACAUGCUCAUGACUUCCCCUGCCGAGUCUUGGCAGACCAUUCAAGGUUCCAGGGAGAUCCGAGAAGCCAAAGCCAAAGAGCAAGUCCUCGGAAAGGCAUUCGACGGAGACACGACCGAUUGGGAUGCUGAACUGGGUAUUGGACCAGAGGAGAUUGUGGCAGCGUGUACGCUCGCCACAUUCAUUGGUCAGAAGGAGCAUGCGAGGCAUAUUGCUCAAUAUGCUUUCAUGUGGGUCAGAGGAUGGACUUCGUAUCUCAAGGAGCCUGGUGCGACCUUUGCUGAAGCUACUGGGUUGGUCACGCCUCUGCGUCGGCCGAGCGAGCCUGACAUGGCCCGCGUAUGGUUGUUAUCCUACAUUGUAUUCGGACAGGAGACCCUUCAAGCGACCGAUGUCGAUCUGCCACCACUCCACGAUCCGAUGCGAUGGGCUCGUGUCCUCUUGCCGGAAACCGCUGCGCCGAGCGGCAACGCGAAUCCUCACGAUGUUCUGUUGGUAUUCCAUGCUCGACUAAUUGCUCUUUUACUCGACUGGCAACGAGCUCGCUCGGAAGUUGGUCGAUCAGACCCAGCGACCUCAAACAGCUCAUUCGAUGCCGCUCCAUCACCUUCGUAUUCGCACAAGCGACUGGCUAGUCGUUUGAACGCUUCAUUGGAUUGGUGGCAGGAUGACCUGAAGGCAUAUCGACUGGACGAGGCAUGGACGAGACAGAUCCAACUGGAUUAUCUGCAUGCCAAGAUACUGGUCAAUUCCACGGCUAGCAAGAAUAUCUGGGGUGGCGUUGAUGAAGAUAGGCUACGGGAGGCGAAUCGGGCUUUCGUGGUCGAUGCGGCUUAUCAACUCUUAAGACGGUGCAUCGCGUGGUCACCACCUGAAGCGAUGACCAACCUACCGCAGGCGUAUCUCAGGAUGAUUGCAUCGGCCGCGAACGAGGUUGUUGAGGCCUUGGCAGAAGUGCAGAAUGGCAGCUUGUCUCGAUCUGCAUGCUCUGUCACUGUCAAAGAGGUCGUGCCUGUCCUCGCGUCGCUUGGCAACAUGCUUUUCCUCGGAGGAUUGCCUGCGAAUCAUGGCUGUCGAACUGCGGGCCAUGUUCUCAGGCAGCAUGUGGAGAACCUCAACCGGCUCACGAUGGGAUGAAGGGUUGCCUGGAUGGUUGCUGUCUACGAGCCAAGUCGUUUGCAAUUGUUGAUUCGAUGUUGAUAUGUAACGAUGCAUGGAUAUUAAGUCUUG